GUAAAUGAUCAUGAAUAUUUCCCCCGAAUAUUCUUUUAUAUUUUUAGUGAAUAUUAUCACCGCCGUUUCUUACAAAAGCAGUUCUCACGCAUACUCUUUCCGUGUGAAACCCGGCCCACUCCAGAAAUUGCUGACAUAAUCAUCGGAACAGCAGUAAUUCCUGAUUCGCCUACACGCGCGACACGGGCGCAGAGCUGUGUGCUAAACCCUUGACAGAGCAACCAAGACCACGAAGCUUGACAUCGGUGUCAUCGCAAAACAGAGGCGAGUGCGAUUCGUCUCUAUCAAUAUCCGCAUACUUGUGCCGACUGAGGACUAUAAACUGCUGCUUGUGCAAGCAUUGGUCGCCCUAGACCAACGCAAGUUUGCGACGACGGCCGUCAGGUGUCGAGUUUUCUGUACAUCGCCCGACGUACACCCCCUCAGACAACGCCUUUGCCCAACAAUUAAGGCAUCCAAUCCGGCAUCAUGAGCAAUACUAUGCGCGAUCUCGUCAUUGGCGAGGCCGACCUCGAUAGUGAUGAGGAGGACGAGUCCUUUGACGAGGAGACUGGCGAAGGCCGCCGUGAGAAGAAGCCGUCGGGCCGCUUCGAAGAUUCCAGCGACGAGGAAGAGGAUGACGAUGAUGAAGAAGAGGCUGCUAAGAUCCGCGAAGGCUUCAUUGUCGAUGAAGAGGAGGAGGGUGAUGACGAGGAGGAUGCUGAAGCGCGUCGCAAACGCAAGCGUGAGCGUCGAGAUCGUGAACAAGAAGAACAACUCGAUGAAGAUGAUUACGAUCUUGUUGGCGAACAGUUUGCAGGACCAAAACAGGAUACAGAGCCAAAAUUCAAAAGACUAAAGCGAGGACACCGAGAUGACGACGAUGGCCCCCCUGAGCGCCGUGGCCUAGCUGAAAUCUUUUCCGACGAUGACGAAGAGGAAGUUACUACAGAUGCCCGAUACGGCCGAAACAACCGUCCCGCUGACGAGUUCGAGGGUUUCAUCGAAGAGGAUUAUCCCGAUGACGAUGAGGACCGUCAAAAAGAGCAGGAUGACGCUGAGGUGGCCCGACCUCGCAACCGAGCCAUUGGGGCAAUUGUCGACACUACAGGCCUUGACAAAGAGGCGCUUGACGACAUGGAAGCUAUCUUUGGCAACGGUGAGGACUACGACUGGGCUCUCGAGAAUGAAGAUGAAGAGGAGGAGCGUGAAAGAAACGAACAAGGCAUCGAGCUUAAGGAUGUCUUCGAGCCAUCGCAGCUCAAAGAGAAAUUGCUUACCGAUGAGGACAACGAAAUUCGAUUCACGGACGAGCCCGAACGCUUCCAACUAGAGCGCAAGAACUUCAAGAACCUAGUCUUAACGGCUGAACAAUUUAGAGAAGAGGCGCGCUGGAUCAGCAAUCAAAUUUGGCCAAAGAAGGGUCUCGCGUCCGAGCUCCAAGCUCCCUUUAGCAAGGCCGUCGGCAAGAUUCUCGAAUUCUUCAUUGUCGAUGAAGUGGAAGUCCCAUACGUAUUCCAGCACCGCAAAGAUUAUCUCCUUCACUCCAAGAAGAUCCGAAAGUCGACUCGCGAGGAUGAAGAUGGUCCAGAUUACACCAUUCAGUCUGAAAAGCUAUUGAACCAAGAUGAUCUUUGGCGCAUCCUAGAGCUUGACAUCAAGUUCCGCUCUUUCGUCGAGAAGCGAACCUCACUGGAGAAGACCUACGACAAUCUCAAGUCAAUCAACGUGGACGAUCCGAUGGUUGAAGAAAUGAUUCCAGAAGCGACAACAAUGGAAGAACUGCAGGAUUUGCAGGACUAUCUUCAAUUCCAAUAUGGCCCCAAACUCAAAGAUCUGGCGGUUAUGGCCGGCAACCUUUCAUUGGCGAAACGCCCUGGCUCGAAGACGGCUCUGCUUGACCGUGUACGAAAUGGCAAAGCUUACCUCUAUGUAAAGGCAUAUGGCAUCACCCCCGACCAGCUAGCCAAGAAUGGACUCCGCCAAGGGAAAAAGAUUACUCCUGAUGACGAUGCGCAAUACCCCAUGGAUCUAGCUGAUAGCCUCAUCGAUGACAACUUUAACACCGGUGAUCAAGUCGUCAAUGCUGCAAGGCAAAUGUACGCCGAAGAGUUGGUUGCCAGUCCUCGCAUGCGCAAGUACUUCCGAAGCGUGUACUACCAAGCUGGACUGAGCUGUAAGCGAACUGAAAAGGGCUUACGCAAGAUUGAUGACACACAUCCUUACUAUGAUAUCAAAUAUCUGCAAAACCAAGCCAUUACAGAACUAGUCCACCAACCGGAUAUCUUUCUGAAGAUGAUGCGGGCCGAAGAAGAGGGUCUGGUGGAGAUUAAGUUGGAAAUGCCUGCGCAUUACGACUUCCAAAAGCAGCUGCAUCAAGCAUUUGAGUCGGAAAACUUUAGUGAUCGCGCUGAACAGUGGCGUGAGGAGCGAAAGAAGGUCUUGGAUGUGGCCUUCCCCAAACUGGAGAAGCUCACCAGCAAAAAUGUCAAGGAAGUCAUCCGAACUUUCUGCCAGGACGAGGUUCUCAAGAUGGUCAGACAAGAAUACUACCGCAAACUGGACCAGGCCCCUUACAAGCCAAAAGGCAUGGUACUUGGUACAACACCUCGUGUUUUGGCCAUAUCCAACGGCAUGGGUGAUCCUGCGCGCGACCCCGUCUGCUGGGCAUGGGUUCCCGAGGAUGGUCGCUUGAUGGAGCAGGGCAAGUUUGGAAACCUUGGUCGUGAUGAGGCGCAACGGGAGGCAUUUGCUACGCUUGUCAAUCGCCGUCAGCCGGACGUCAUUGCUGUCAGCGGCUGGUGCACUGACACAAACAAGCUAGUGAGAGAUCUCGAGUCUGUUAUUAGCGACAAGGGCCUGAUGGGCCCCGAGUUUGAGGACCCAGAGACAAGUGAGCUUCGUACUGAGCCCUUGGAAGUUGUCAUUGUUGAUGACGAAGUCGCCCGUCUUUACAAGGACAGUCCCCGAGCGCUUGCGGAGCAUCCAUCACUCAACCCUGUUACACGAUACUGUGUUGCCCUGGCGCGUUUCAUGCAAAACCCCAUGAAAGAGUAUGCUGCUCUUGGUAAAGACGUGUCGUCACUGGCAUUUCACCCUUGCCAGCAUAUGCUGCCACAAGACAAGGUCAACAAGUAUCUUGAAUCUGCCAUGGUUGACACAGUCAACAUGGUUGGUCUCAACAUCAACGAGGCCAUGACUGAUCAGUACACGGCUAACCUCUUGCCCUUCAUUGCUGGUCUUGGUCCCCGUAAAGCAACCAGUGUCAUCAAGGCCAUCAAUGCUAAUGGCGGAUCUGUUAACACCAGAGACGAGCUGGUCGGUGACCCAGACAGCGGCAAGCUUCCCGUCGUUGGACCCCGCGUCUGGAAUAACUGUGCCAGUUUCCUCUUUAUCGAAUACGAGCCGACGAGCUCUUCCUCUGACCCUCUUGACAACACUCGUGUUCACCCUGAGGACUACGAACUUGGCCGCAAAAUGGCUGCCGAUGCCCUUGAGCUCGAUGAAGAAGAUGUCAAGGCCGAAAUUGACGAUAAUGGCCCUGGCGCAAUCGUUCGCAAGCUCUUCAAGCAAGACGAGCAGGAGAGAGUCAAUGAACUGGUUCUCGACGAGUAUGCGGAUCAAUUGCUACGCAACUUCAACCAACGGAAGAGAGCUACGCUUGAAGCCAUUAGUGCAGAAUUGCAAGCGCCAUAUGAAGAACUGCGCCGCAGCUUUGUAUCGCUUACAACUUCUGAAAUUUUUACAAUGUUUACGGGUGAAACCAAGGCGUCUCUCUGCGAGGGCAUGAUUAUUCCAGUCAAUGUCCGAGUGGCUCGAGAUGACUUUGCUAUCCUCAAACUAGACUGUGGCAUUGAGGGUCGCGCAGAAUUGCAUGAGGUGACUAACAGACCCUCCAUCAAGGAUGUGCUUCACGUCGGUCAGACAGCUCGUGCGAAGAUUCUUGAAAUGAACUACAAAGACUUCAGCGCCAAGCUUUCCCUGCGGGAAGAAUCCCUACGCAUUCCUUACAAGCGACCUAUCGACUUUGGCCGCGAUGGCUGGGACUACACGCAAGAAGCUGCCGACAAGGAGGAAUUGAAGGAAAAGGACAAGACCACUGGACGAGCGCAGAGAGUCGUCAAGCAUCCCAACUUCAAGCCAUUCAAUUCCACCCAAGCGGAAGAAUAUCUUGGUUCACAACCUCCGGGCGAGGUCAUCAUCAGACCGUCCUCCAAGGGCAACGACCAUCUCGCCAUUACGUGGAAGGUUGCAGACAACGUGUACCAGCAUAUUGACGUUCUAGAGAUGCAAAAAGAAAACGAGUUCUCUGUCGGCAAGUUGCUGCGUAUCGGUGGCAAGUACACCUACAGCGAUCUGGAUGAGUUGAUUGUCGACCACGUCAAGGCAAUGGCCCGCAAGGUGGAAGAGAUGAUGCGACACGACAAGUACCAGAACAGAGCGAGAACAGAGACGGAAAAAUGGCUUACGACAUAUAUCGACGCUAACCCUAACCGCUCGGCAUAUGCUUUCUGCAUUGAUCCCCGCCACCCGGGCUACUUCUGGUUGUGCUUCAAGGCUAGCCGUGAUGCUCGUGUUAUUGGUCUUUCCGUUCGUGCAAUCCCGCAGGGCUUUGAGCUCAAGGGCUCGCAAUACCCAGAUAUGCGAGCGCUUUGCAAUGGCUUUAAGUUGCGAUACCAGAACGAGUUCUCCAAAAUGGGGACUAGAUAAAUCUGGUUGCUGGUGAUUGUUCGUUUUCCAAAAGCAGAGGCGAUUUAGAUGGUUGCAGACGGUGGUUGUAUUAUCAAGGACUUUCGUUGGCGAUGGCCCUUUCUUUGUUUUCAGUUUUCAUUAAGUUGUCUUUAUUUUAACAUUCGGGUGAACGAUACAGCGGGCAAAAAUCUUAAAACGGAACGUUGUUGAAAAGCGCUAGAUAGGGCGGUGGCCUGCCUUUUAUCAUAUCUGAAAAGAGUCGUCGUCUUCAUCAUUGUAUUUGGCAGAUAAUCUUUUUUAUAGCAAAUUUAUUUGGUUUCGGAGCUCGACAGCAUGUUAAGACGGAGAUCGUGAUCGAGUCGGUCGAAGCUGGCUCGGAGGUAGGUUAUGGGGGGGAGGCAUUCCAUUCAACCCAAGGCCAAUCUGGCCUCAAUGUUGAGAUGGAGCAAUGCCUGUGCCCAUUGAGUCACGAUGUAAUUUAGGUGGGUUUACCUAGUUUAACAUGUUGAGAGCUGGCGAUAUCGGCCAUGGCAACUCACGUCAGAACGAGGUCCGGUGAGGCCGAGUCAAGCUGCCCCGCCGCCGAGCUGGCUUCGCCCCAGCGGCCGGGAGCAGUCUCGACCGUCGUUGGGCGAAGGUUUAGCCUUGCCACCGACAGAGGGGUUCAUUGCACAAUCCAGUGUGGCUUAGAAUUGAAUUGCUCGUCGAUAUAGCCUCGCAAAGCAAUCAAUAUGUUGGUAUUGGGGGCGUCUCUACUGCAGCCUACGUUCAUACAGCUGUUGUUGGGCGUGGGGGGCAGGCUGCCGUCAUGCCAAUCUUGAUAAGCUAGCCGCAUCACUCGCUCACCUUGCGCCUUUGACGGUGAUCAUGUGUUUUCCUAGGGAACAUGCUGGAAUCUGUAGUGCAAUUUGCUUGGUGGUGUUUUUGCCCCUGGGCCCAACAAGACAGAUCGCCGACGCGUCCGCUUGGAACGGAGCGAGCAUCGGCAUAGGGGCCUAAGCUUGGAUGACGUACUAAAUGCCCAUCUCCGUUGAUCGCAAUGAGGAGGCCAUUGAGGUGCAUCAUCACGCUGCUUUCAAACUAUCCAUUAGAGGAGGACCAGACCGGUUAGCGCGGUAAUGCCCGCUACGAAGGUUUUCCGUCAGCAUCAAAGCGCAGAAGAAGGAUUUGCAGUGGUACGACAUGCGUUUGUUAUCAUACACCUGAGUUUAAACUUUGUGAUAUUAUUGCAAUCGCAGCACGUAGGAAAUUCCACCAUUGCGGUCAGCUAUUACAGCAGUUCUCACACAUUGUCUACCUGCCUCGUUGGCAUUCCGACUGCCGCAUCAGCAGGGUGACAUGACUGACCCUUUGGGUGCAAUACUGGCAAUAAGCUUCUGGACGGUCGUUGCUGUAGCC